CUAGAGAGUUACCUCCCUUGAAGUAUAUCCGUUUCUUUUUAUUUACAUUGUUUCCUCGAAGAAAUAUAACACAAUAAUAGAAAAAUGCCGAUCGAUUAUAUAGGAACCGCUUAUUCAGCCACCUUGAUUUUAGGGGGCAUCAUGGGUUAUGUUAAGACUGGAAGCGCAAUAUCAAUGGCUGCUGGAAUUAGCACAGGUACCCUGGCUGGAGUUGGUGCAUACCAGAUGUCUAUGGACCAUAAAAAUGCUGGACUUAGCUUAUGUGUCAGCACUUUCAUGACAGCUUUGAUGGGGUACCGUUUUGCGAUGACAAGGAAAAUAAUGCCAGCUGGUGUCAUCGCAGCUGCAAGCACACUUGUUUCACUUCGGAAUGGUAUGAACCUUUAUAUGAAGACUUGAAGAAUUUGGUGCAAGAGAGGGAACAAUAUCAAUCAUCAUUAGUGAGGAACUCAAUGUCCUGAAAGAGUAGGGGUGGGGAGAAAGAAUUAUAAUUUUAAAAAAUCAUUCGUUAAUAGAACUUAAUUGCUUCUCUGCUUUUUGACAAUAAAUUUUCUUUUUUUUAAUCCAAUGUA